UUCGCGGCACAAGCACACGGCAAGACUCGCCCGUCAGGUGGCGUGGAGUCCUGAUCGCGACAAAAUAUUACUCUGUUGGUGCCGGCGGGGAAGGCGCCGGCGGCGAGUUGCGGCGUUGUGCCGCACCAUCGACGCGCGCCACCUGCUCGACGGAAUGCCUCCGCCGCAAGAGGGCAAGAGAGCCGCCGUGGCCAGCGGCUGGGACAUCAUCGGCACGCUUCAGGACGAUCUACUGCAGCACAUCCUCUCCUUCCUCCCGGCGCAGCAGGCCGUGCAGACCUGCGUGCUCGCCCGGCGCUGGCGCCAUCUCUGGAAGACCGCCACGGGCCUGCGCAUCACCGGCGGCGGCCACGAGCAGGAGCCGACGCCCGUCCAGGACCUCCGCGAGUUCGUCAGCCACCUCCUGCUCCUCCGUGCAGGGGCGCCUAUCGACACGUGCGAGCUCAGGUUCGACGUGGUCUCCGACGACGACGUGCCCCGCGUGAGCCUCUGGAUCCGGCACGUUAUACUGUGCCGAGUCAGGCUGCUCCGGCUCGCCAUCUCUCGGGAGAGCCAUGACUUGGGUGUUUACUUCUGCGUAGACAACCUGCCCCUUGUCUCUCGAAAUCUGAGGAUCCUAGAGCUUAUUGAUACAGGGUUAAAUGACAGCUUUCUUGAUUUUGCUGCCUGCCCGGCACUGGAAGUUCUGGUAAUUUACAAUGGCAGCUUCGUCCACGUCAGGAAGAUCUCUUCCAACUCUCUAAAACGCCUGGCCAUCAUUGAUAGCAGUUUCAACCAACAUAUCCGUACUCGUAUCUGUGUUCCAAGCCUCGUCUCGCUACGGCUAGAGGACAACUGGGACAGGACCCCUGUGCUUGAGAGCAUGCCGUUGCUGAUGGAUGCAUUCGUCAGGUUUAUCAAAGAAUCUGUGGACAGAUGUUUUUAUUCUGACUCCUGGGAUUGUCACAAUGAGCACUGCCAAGGUUGUUACGAUCUACAAGGUGUUAAUUCUGGUGAAUGCCUUAUUCUUAAAGGUUUAGCAGAAGCUGAGAAUUUGACAUUGAUAGAUGAACAUGACACGUUUAUUUUCAGAAGGGAUUUGAAAUGGUGCCCUACAUUUAGUAAGUUAAAGAUUUUGUUACUCAAUGAAUACUGGUGUGUGCCUACUGACUUUGACGCGCUAGCUUGUAUUCUUGAACACUCGCCAAUUCUGGAGAUUCUCACUCUUCAUUUCUUUUCCAAGGGACCAAAACAUAAAGUAGAAAUAAAAGGAUGUUGCAAUGCAGUGGAGAGCUCAGCUGCAAUAUCAGAACACCUUAAGACAGUCGAAGUCAAAUGUAACUCGGUUGACACGGAGGUUCUGGAAAUUUUGAAGUUCUUUGGUACACUUAACAUUAGUUUUGAGGAAGAGAACAUCUUGGUCGAAGACAGCUGGUCUAAUUCAUCUUAAUUACUAACAAAAGAACGCUGUUUGCAGAAGUUACAAGGCUGCUAUCUUUUGUCUGUGGGUUAUCAUGUUGGUUUGACUCAGUGAAGUAUCUUAGACUUAGUACUGAGAUGUUUAGAUCAUCUGGCUGGACCAGGGUUAUUCCGUGUUGUGUUGAUUUAUCUUGCUGGGGAUGCAUAUUAUUACUGCGCCGAUUCGUCUCCGUGCGGACAUUACGCAUUUUUGUAAUUUUGAAGUUUGGUUGUAUAACAUGGUAGCCCAGGAACUUGUUAAACAUGGUAAGAAACAAAAGGUGGCCAAUUGUGUGGGCUACUGAUCUGAACUUUCUAAAACCAAGUGAUCUGAAACAUUUUCUGCUGUGGCCUCAGAUUUGUUAUAGUUUGAUUCAAAUGGGACAAAACAUCACUGUCAAUGGCAUAACCGAUCCGGAGGUGCUGGAGGCUUAAGCCUGCGCCGAGGCGCUUUGUCUAGCCAGUGAUUUGCAUGAGGCCAGAUUACUAACGUCAAUAUCGUUGGAUUAUUCCAACAUUGUCAAGGAGAUCCAAGGGGAGUUGCCGCAAAGAGCUCACUGAAUGACUAUGAAGGAGACAGCAGUGAGGGGGAAUU